AUUUUAAGAAGUAAUGAGGUCUCAAACUGCCCGGAUGUAAAUGUGCAGCUGAGUUAAAACUGUUGCUGUGAGAAAAUAACUGCACAAUGGCUAAGAGAGGUGCACAGUCAGAGCUCACAGACAGAAACUGGGACCAGGAAGAAGAGCCAGAAGAAGCUGGGGAAUUUGUAAAAGCAAGCGCAGAUAAGUUGAAAGACAGACAUAUCAUAAAAGCCAGAAGAAAGCAGCCUGGCGGGGAAGGAAACUCGGGUUCAGCAUUUUCUGGAUUUGGCGGAUUUUCAUUUAAACCUACCCAAACUAGUACUCCUUUGUUCGGAGGCAGUAAUUUAUUCAAAACUGAAUCUAAAAUACCAGCAGAAGAAAAGAAAGAAUCUCAAAACGAAAAAGAACCAGAUAAACGGAAAGCAGAUGGAACAGAUGAAGAGUCGGGUAGAUCCCCAACCAAACGUCAGAAAGCGGACACAAAUGGAAGUAGCAAUGAACAGAAUGGAUCAGAUUCUUCACCUAGUCAGAACAAAUAUUUAUCUAAUUUAAAAUCAUUAAAUAUUAGUGUAUCAAAUUGGAUAAAACAACAUUUAGAUAAAAAUCCAUAUUGUAUUCUAACUCCUAUUUUCAAAGACUAUGAGAAUCAUCUCAGUGAAAUGGAGAAAGAACGAAAAAAAGGAGGUGAAAAUGGAAGUUCUGAAAGUACCACACUGAAAAAAGAAGAAUCAGCAAAACCAAUGGAAGAGGACACCAAACCACUCCCUAAAACAGGUCUGACAUUUGGAAUGGGUAACCUAAACACAGCUAAAGACACACCACAAACCUCUCUCUUCACUGGCUUCGGGUUAAAGCCUAGCACAACAGGGACAUCAGCAGUGGCACCAGGCGGAUUCAGUUUUGCUGUUGGCAGUUCACAGCCAUCAUCGAGCAGCGGGGGAGCCGAGGGGAAGGAGGACGAGGAGUAUGUUCCACCUCAAGUUGAGACUGUGGAGCAUAAAGAAGAAGGAGCAUUAUACAGCAAAAAAUGCAAGUUGUUUUAUCAGAAAGACGGAGCUUGGACAGAGAGAGGUGUUGGCUUCUUACAUCUGAAGAAAAAUGAGGAUAAGGCACAGUUACUGGUUAGAGCAGAUACUACUUUAGGUAACAUCCUACUGAACAUUAGACUGUCGGAAUCCAUGCCAUUAUCUCGACAGGGCAAGAACAACGUCAGUAUGAUGUGCAUCGUAAAUCCUGCAAUACCGAAAGUCCCCGAUGAUAAACCUAUACCUAUGUUAAUCCGAGUGAAAACUGGCGAAGAUGCAGAUGAACUGUUAGAAAAAAUGAAGGAGAUCAGAACAUAAAGUUUUAUCAAGGUGCUAAUGCUAUCACAGUUCAAAGUGAUAAUUGUUUGUAUAUGAUCAAUUAAUACAAAAUAAAGUGGUGUAUGUAACCUGUUAACACAUUUUUUAGGCUGUUAUUGUUGUAUUACUGAGAUGUAUUUUUUUCUGUUGAAUUAAGGGUAUAGACAUUGUUCAUAUGUAAAAGAAGUUAAGUGUGAAAGAAAUACACAAAUAUCUAAUAUAUAUUCCUUGUGCUAUUCAUGAGACCGGAGUCAUCAGAAUUGUUAAUGUUUAAUGACUUAAGAUUUUAAACAUUUAAAACAUGACUGCCACUUGGGUCAUUGAAUGGUCAGUAGAAUACAACAUCAAUCUAGCUUGCAGUAAGUGUGUAAUAAACCGAUGCUUGAACAUGUACUAUGCUCGUCUUUCACUUAGAAUACCAUAUCUUGUAACAACCAUUAAUUUGUUAAAAAGAUCUUUUUUUAAUGGCAUUACAUAUUCAUACUGUGUUCACUUACACAUUUAUUUAUGUGUAUUAUUUUAAACCUUACAAUACAAUAUGUGCAUGUGACAGGAUUAUGUCAUGUUGACAUAAAUAUAUUGAUAUUAAUUUGCUUAUAUUUUCAGAGAUGAAAUUUUGGGCAUGUAAAUAUAUAUUAUGAAUAUGGUAGCAAUUCCAGCCAAAAUGUUAACAGUACAAACAGAAAAUUUAAAUUUUAACAUCUACUUUAUAUUUACUGUAUGUUAGAGUCUUUCCAAAUAGUCACCAAUUCUUUCAACGUUUGUUUCACAAACAUUAGGUUUAUUAUGGUCGAAAAGCUUAUGAUGGUUUCAAGAGCUUCAUAUGUUCAUGUGAAAGCAUUCUUUUUUUAUUAUUUUGAAAUUUUUAUUAAAUGUAUUCUGGACAGAUGUUUUAAAAAAUUAUAUCAAGUUAUGUACAGGUUUUAGUCCCAUGCAUUAAUGUUUAUUAGUAAACAACAAAUCUAAAUCAACAACAGAACCAAAUUGUACAUCCUAACUUGUUUGAUUGGACUUAAUUGGUUUCUUAAUUGGUUAGAAUUUUAUUAAAAUUAAUUGGCAGGGUUUCUUUUAUUAUUAUCAGUAUUGCUUUUCUAUUAAUACACAAUGGAUACAGAUAAAUGUAGUGAUAUCUAACACUUACAUUCAUGGACUUAAUAGUUUGUGUUUUGAUUCUAUUUAAUAGGCCAUUUUGAACGUGAUGUGAAUAUUGAUACUAACAUAAAAGUAUUGAAAUGUUUAUAAAGGUAACAUGAGAAACAUUUAUGGAAAUUUGCAAAAAUUUACCUAGUUAAAUAUACAGUCUGAAGAUAGUUUUAUACUUUAUAAUGUUGAUAAAUGCAGAAUUGAGACUGAAAAAAAUGGAUUUAUGAAUGAUAAUUUUUGAUACAUCAGGUAGUGCUCAGAUGUCAACAGACGCAUAUUAAAUCAUUUUGAAAAUUAA